AGGGUGUAGAGAUGUGGUUUCCGGUUUCAGACGGGGAUAAUGUAAUGUUGAAUAAUAGCUCUUGUGGCUGACCAGAGUAUUUAUAUGUUACUGCGUCGCUGUCGCUAUUCUCAAAUACCUCAUCAGACAUCAUUUCCAAUACUUGACAACAUUGUAAUACAUCUUAAAAAUGGCUCCAUCUAAUCUUCCAGCGACUAUGAAGGCUGUCCUCCAGCCAGAUAAGCACUCACAUAAGCUUAUCCUCUCUUCCCAGCAACCCGUCCCUACCCCCAGCCAUCCUCAAGACGUCCUCGUCAAAGUCCACGCCACUUGUCCCUGCAAGGGUGAACUCGACUGGGCUCUCUGGGCACCCGAGUUCAUCGGCGACAAGAUCCCCAUCCCAGGCCAAGAUCUCGCAGGAACCGUCGCCUCAGCCCCAGAGAACAGCGGCUUCAAACCCGGCGACGAGGUCUAUGCCCGUGUCGAGGCAAAUCGCCCUGGUGCGGCUGCUGAGUACGUCCUUGCACGAGUCUCUGAGCUUGCAAUCAGACCUGAGACCUUGACCUGGGCUGAAACUGCGGCGAGUCCUAUUAGUGCACUUACUGCAUACCAGGGACUGUUUACAAGAGGAGGUUUGGAUUCAGAGGCUCUUGCGGGUGAUGCAGCUGCACGGGAGAAGAACGCCAAGGUUCGGGUUCUUAUUAAUGGCGCUGCUGGGGGAGUAGGCAGCUGGGCUGUACAGCUCGCUCGUAUCGCUGGAGUCAAGACCAUCACGGCUGUGGUUGGUACACAGAACAUCGAUUUCGUUCGACAGCUUGGUGCGACUGAGACGAUUGACUACAAGAAGCAAAGCAUCGGAGAGUGGGUUGCCGAAGAUCCCGCCUCUCGACAGUUCGACCUUAUCUUCGACUGUAUCGGCAUGCCUUCUCUGGCUCAGACGUGGUAUGCAGUACGAGAGGGGGGAACUCUUGUCAGUGUAUGUGCUGUGCCAGAGCAGAAUCGUCCGGAGGAUGUCAAGAAGCAGGUCAACAGUAUCUUCUUUGUCAUUGACCCGGUCGGUAAGGAUCUGGAUGUCAUCACCAAACUUCUGGAGGCCGGUCAGAUUAAGCCGCAUAUUGAUAGCGUGGUUGGUUUGGAUGACUUUGAGGAGGCCUGGGAUAAAGUCGAGUCGGGUCGAACAAGGGGAAAGGUCGUCGUGAUGGUGAUAAAGGACGAAUAGUGGGACGUCUUCAGUCGUUUCAGGCAUCCGUAUUUUAUUUAAUUGUUUCCUUAUGGCUAUAGAUCUCAACUCAUAAUGUUUGUUUCCAUCA